AUGGACAUUCUGAAGGAAAAACUGGACCCUGAAUGUUUCCGGAAGCUAGAAGCUCACAAAAUCGACGACGACACAUUAACCUUACUGAAGGAAAAGGAUCUUUCGGACAUCGGAAUAGUUGAAUUGGGUCCACGUUUGCUGAUUCAAUCCGUCAUCGGUAAAAUCAAACUGGCUGAACUCUAUUCCAACCAGCCUGCUGUGGCUCCAUCAACUUCGAAGACUGUCAAGGGUGUGGAGGACAACAUUGAAGUUAAGAAACCGCUGUACAAAUUGCUUGAACAGGAUAAAAAAUUCCGGAAAGUUUUGUAUAGCAAACUGGAUAAAGGAAUCGUUCCGGAACACAAGGAACUAUUGCAGAUGGUGCGAAUUUUGUGUCGAGAAAUGACUGGGGAAAUGAUGAUUUCUCACAAACAACCUAGUUUUGAAGCCAAGCAAGCUCUAGCGAUUGAGCUCCUCGAUACGUUCGACUUUCUAGAAUGUACAAAAGUCUGCGAUGAAGCACCAUCCUAUUCUUUAUUCUUUUGGAAAAAUGGAGGCAAGAAAAAGUCAGAGCACACUGGUUUAAUCCAAAGUCAUAUUCGCAACUCUGCCAAAAAUAUUCAUCCAGACGACCGGAAGUAUAAUCGUAACAAACCGACAAAUAUUGUUGUCAAUGUUCCGUCUGAAACAAUACGAAUGGCGGAAACGAUAGCGCAAAUAGAGGCCACUGCAGCCAAUUUUAUGUCUAUUGCGAAAUGCAUGGCAGACGUUAAUUGUCUACACCAGAUGCUGCUUAAUGAAAAGAAGUCUGCUCCAGAAAUCGUGGCUGUUCUGCCGCACAUUAAAUCUUACAAUGGGAGGAUGAUCCAGCAAGCAUAUGAGCGAUUUAAUCAAAAGUACGACAAAGAUUGCGACUUGAAAAAAGUUUUUGGGGCAGGUCUUUUAACCGAAAAGAACCUUUUCACACUAGUAGCUGACGAUCAUCUUCGUGGAUGCCUUCGAAUAAUGGCGGCUCUGACCAGGAGAGGCUUGAAAUUAAAUCCAUCUACCCAAUCAACUGCAAUCGAAGAGGAAAUGGCUGCUCCUCUCAUCAGAUGGACUAUCUCUCUAGGAGAGCAGGUAGCCCGUUAUUCGGCAGAAUCUGCUGAGAAUGGGACAAUCAUUCUCCCGCAUAUCAUCUGCUCCGGUGGUCAAUAUUAUUUGUAUUUUGGUGGGCAUCUCAUUGGUUGUGGGGAAAUAUCGUCACAUGCGCUGGAUUGUUUUUUUUAAAGCUUUUUCUGUAUUAAAUACGCCAGUUCCAGGUGCUUUGCAGAAAUUAAUGGACUUCGUAGAAGUCGUAUCUUAUAAAACGUUAACACAUAGUCGAAGAGCAACUGUUAACAAAGUGGCGAAAUUGUUUAUUGAGUCAUUGGCGGCGUCUGUGUAAUGAGAAUAAGUUCCGCCAGGGAAUGCCUUUUUUCCAAUA